GGGAGCCCCGCUCCUCUGUGGUAUGGCCCAUUGGCUCCCCAAUUCUGAUAGAGCACAAGUGCCCCACCACGACCUAGGGCAGCAUGAGCCGGCCCAGGCACGUGGGCAAGAUCCGGAAACGCCUAGAAGAUGUCAAGAGCCAGUGGGUCCGGCCAGCCCGCGCUGAUUUCAGUGACAACGAGAGCGCCCGGCUAGCCACCGAUGCCCUCUUGGAUGGGGGUCCUGAGGCCUACUGGCGGGCGCUCAGCAAGGAGGGUGAGGUGGACUUCUUGUCCUCAGUGGAGGCCCAGUACAUCCAGGCCCAGGCCAAGGAGCCCCCCUGUGCCGCGGACCCCCCGGGAGGAGCCGAGGCAGGCACUAAGGGGCUGGACUCCAGCUCCCUGCAGUCAGGCACCUACUUCCCCGUGGCCUCGGAGGGCAGCGAGCCGGCCCUGCUGCACACCUGGACGUCGGCUGAGAAGCCCUACCUGAGGGAGAAGUCCAGCGCCACCGUGUACUUCCAGAUGGACAAGCACAACAACAUCCGGGAUCUCGUCCGCCGCUGCAUCGCCCGGGCCAGCCAGGUCCUGGUCGUUCUGAUGGAUUUGUUCACCGAUGUAGAGAUCUUCUGUGACAUUCUAGAGGCAGCCAACAAGCGCGGGGUGUUCGUCUGUGUGCUCCUGGACCAGGGAGGUGUGAAGCUCUUCCAGGAGAUGUGUGAUAAAGUCCAGAUCUCUGACAGUCAUCUCAAGAACAUUUCCAUCCGGAGUGUGGAAGGAGAGGUGUACUGUGCCAAAUCAGGCAGGAAAUUUGCAGGACAAAUUCAGGAGAAGUUUAUCAUCUCAGACUGGAGGUUCGUUUUGUCUGGAUCAUACAGCUUCACCUGGCUCUGCGGUCAUGUCCACCGGAACAUCCUCUCCAAAUUCACAGGCCAAGCGGUGGAGCCGUUUGACGAGGAGUUCCGCCACCUCUAUGCCUCCUCCAAGCCUGUGAUGGGCCUCAAGUCCCCCAGGCUGGCUGCUCCCCUCCUGCCUGGAGCCAGCCACAGCCUCCCCAGUGGCCUCAGCAGCAGCCACUCAGCCAGUGACCGCACGUCCUCCGACCCCUUCAGCAGCCCAUCAACGGACAGCCACCCUCACAACCAGAGUCUGUCCACAUCCUCUGGGCCUGGCAGUCCCGGGACCCCAAACCCACCUCCACCACCCCGCAUUCAGCCCUACCACAGCCCAUGGGGAGCGCUAAGUCCCCAGGCCCACUUCUGCCCCCGGCCCCACAAUGGCCCGCCUGCCCUCUACAGCAACCUCAAUGCCUACAGGCCUACGCGGCUACAGCUGGAGCAGCUCGGCCUGGUGCCAAGGCUGGCUCACACCUGGAGACCCUUUCUGCAGGCCUCUCCUCAUUUCUGA